CGCAACGGUUGACGUUUAGUCGAUUUGUUUGGGUUUUCCGUCGCGUAGGAAAAAUUCCUCAACACACAAACGCAACGCCAGAAACAGGUUGGUAAAGUCUUCGUAUGACCGUACACUUUGAUAGCCGCUUGCAGCCGCCGGAGCCCUCGCAAUGAAGCCAUUCGUCGUGAUCCGGAAGCUGGAGGGAGCGGACAACUUGCAGUGCCAAACGGUGGUCAAGGACUUUGUGAUGGCGGGUGCCUGGGACGCGUUCGUGUCCUGUCUGUUCCGCGAGAUUACGCUGCAGCUGGUGGUCAUCGUGUGGGCGAUCAUGUUUAUCUUCUUUGGGAUUCCGCUGCUGAUGUGCUGCGUGGCCAUACCGAUCGUGGUCGGUUUGAUACUGUUUACGACCUACGGGAGUUACUUCAACAAGGCGAAUGAGCUGGCUAUUCGGGGAGGGAACAAGCUGUGCUGGGUGGCGGAGAUGUACGAGCCACUGGUGUUUGAUGGGCCGCUGGAGAUUGACCGGUUCUACGAGGAUGUUCCGAAGGUGGACAAGGCGCAGCUGAGCAAGAUGAGACGGAAGAUUGUGGGGACGAUCUCCUGUCGGAGUCAUUUGAUAUUGGAAAACUCGGGGUGGAUUUACAGGUUGGCCGUUAGUCCCAGGUAUCCGUUUGCGGAGAUUGCUGAACAACUGAUUAUUCGAGUGCUGUCCAACGCGUUUGACAACCAGCUGUUUACGGUGGAAACGGUUACGUCGGAGUGCGACGAGUGCAUCCGGGAGGUGUACCUGAAGCUGGGCUUCACCCUCCGACUAGCUUACCACAAGCAAAUCGUGGGCAACACGCUGAAGGUGAUGAAGUCGCUGAUUGGAAUUGACCCGUUCGAGUGGAACCAGAACCGGGAGCAGAUCAAGGUGGAGCUUGAAAACUGACUGACCUCACCAUCAUCCUCAUAUCAACGCAUGACAACGAUGGCGUCCAUGACGCGAUCCACUAGAAUGAUUCGAACUUUACACGCCCCAUUUUGCUAGUUCUGAAAGCCGGUCGCGACUUUGGUGCAACGAUUAAGUUAAGGGUAGGUUAAGGGAUGAUGGUUUUAGUCACUGCUGACACUGCUCGGAAGAUUAGUCUCAAUUAUUGACAGUUGGUGGUUACCCAAAUUUAUCGGAAACAUUUUUGUGAAAAGUAUUAGAGGCGUAGCGUUUGGCCAUAAAACAUAAAGUUAAAUAAUCAUAAGAUACAUUUCGAGUGAGUUUUCUUAAGGACUCAUUCGAGACAUAAUCAAACAUUCUCAAAAUCUAUCGUAAAUCAAACAUUCAGGCUGAAAGAGUGAAAAUUAAAAUACGAUUUUCGUGAUCAGGGACAGAUUCUUUUGAAUUCUGAUUCGGAAAAACUGCCAACUAUUGAGAAAGGUAAAAGUUACUGCGCAUUUCAAUGUACUAAUUUAUAUAUCUACUGAAUAGUUACAAAAAUUACAACUAUACAAGCUA